AGAUAAUUGCAUAAAGGCAAAGUCUGCGAAGGUCAGCCAAGAAACAAGCAGCUGCUGCCAGAGACGAGGACCACAGGACUACAAUUACCUCAACGUGUGUGUGGCGCCGGAGCAAAGUGAAUGACAGAUUGGAGUCGUGUGCGAUGGUGAAGAUUGAGUUUGGCUUCCAGCAACGCUGAAAAAGGGGGCCUGUGCCUGAGAGCCACAGCGCAGAGCAGCGCAGAGCAGAGCAGCACAGCGCAGCCAGCCGUUUCACAGGGGGAAGAGAAGAGAAGAGAGCUCCAAGCCGAGUGGCGUGUGGCGUGCAGCGACAGGUUUCUAUCUAAGCGAGCGAGGGACCUCCGCCACUACACACUUCUCAGCCCCUGCUCAGCCCUCUGGCUAAGCAGCAGCAUCUUCGUCGUCAUCAUCAGCAGCAGCAGACUGUCAACCCGGCAGCAGUGAAUUCCUCUACUUCAGCACAGCCAGCUGUACAUGGAGAUCCCCCGCUGGGCAGAAAACUCUUUGUGUAAGUCGGGAAGCAUCACCGUGUUUGGGAACGUGGUGUGCAGCGGGCUCCUGAGCGACCCCCUCUGGCAUUUGGGAGUGCCCCUUUUCACGAGACUGGGUAACCAAGAGGCCGGCAACCCCCCAGAAGCGAUGGCCCAGCCCUACACCCCGGCGCAGUACCCUCCGCCCCCCCCACAGAACGGCAUGCCGGCGGAGUUUGCGGCGGCGCACCCGCUCCCGGCGCAGGACUUCACAGGCCAGAGCCGGGUGCCGGAGCACGCGCUCACCCUCUACACGCCCACACAGACGCACAGCGAGCCCGCCGGCAGCGACAGCAGUCCGCAAUCCGUCAUCAGCGCCAACCCCAACAACGCCAACACAGACGACGUGACGCAAACAGAGGGCUCUCAGCAGCUCCAGCUGCAGCACUCAGACUCCUCGGAAAAGCAGCAGCCCAAGCGACUCCACGUCUCCAACAUCCCCUUCCGCUUCCGGGACCCCGACCUCAGGCAGAUGUUCGGGCAAUUUGGCAAGAUCUUAGAUGUGGAGAUCAUCUUUAACGAGCGAGGAUCUAAGGUGAACAAUGCAACAGCGCGGGUGAUGACCAACAAAAAAGUGACAAACCCCUACACAAACGGCUGGAAGCUGAAUCCAGUAGUGGGGGCCGUCUAUGGUCCUGAACUCUACGCCGUAACUGGUUUCCCGUACCCAGCCACCGGGGCCACAGUGGCCUAUAGGGGGGCCCAUCUGAGAGGGAGGGGCCGGGCCGUCUACAACACCUUCCGCACGGCACCGCCACCCCCUCCCAUCCCCGCAUACGGAGCAGUGGUUUACCAGGAUGGCUUCUACGGAGCAGAGAUCUAUGGGGGCUAUGCUGCAUACAGAUAUGCCCAGCCCACCACUGCUGCAGCCUACAGUGACAGCUAUGGCAGAGUCUAUGCAACGCCAGACCCUUACCAUCACACGAUCGGCCCGGCCACCACCUACAGCGUGGGGACCAUGUAAAUAACAUGAAAGAACGCUGUGCUCACUAAAGAUGGACAUCACACUCAAAAAAGAAAAAAACACAACGAAAAGAACGGCGGCGAAGAAUGGAAUGGGAAAGGAGAACUAGCUUUAAAUGACAACAAGAGGAGAGGAUGAAGAAGAAAAGAAAAGAAGAAGAUGAAGAUGACUGAAGAAGAUGAUGAGAAGAGAGUGAGGAAGAGGAGGGGAAGCGUAAAGGGGGAGAGAGAGAGAGAAAGAGAGAGAGAGAGAGAGAGACGGAAUAGCAGGCACAAAAAAAUAUCAAAAAAGAACCCUUAAUCAGUCAGCAGUCUAACAAGAAAGAAGAUACUAGUUUCCAACCGGGGACCACCUACACUAAGGGAGAGAGAGGGAGAAGAAGAGGAAGUAAGGGGAGGAGAGCGAAGG